AGCAUAGAUGAUUUAGAAACACUUUUAUGUUUUAGAACAAAUGAGGGUGUGUCAUGAUCUGAGUAUAUUAACACUAGCUGCUAUAGUAACAUCAAAUAAAUACCCCAUACAACUUCACAACAAAACACUACAGCACAGAGAAGCAUUAUAUCUCCCCAUUAAAUUGAGUGCAAUGGAAACUGAGGCAGGAGCCAAGGAGCAUCUGCGGCUGGUGCUGCUCGGGCUUCAGGGUGUGGGGAAGAGUACAGCAGGAAACACCAUCCUGGGCAGUGAAGCGUUUCAGUCAGACAUCAGCUCCAGUGCUCUGACACUGCAAACUGAAUACAGGGAGGGUCUGGUAUGUGGGAGACGUGUGUCGGUGGUGGACACUCCAGGUCUCUUUAACAGCAGACUCUCUGAUACAGAGAUGAAGCAGGAGAUGGACAAAGCUGUGACUCUCUGCCAUCCAGGACCCCAUGCCUUUCUCAUCAUUAUUCAGCUGGGACGCUUCACAGAGCAAGAGAGGAAAGUGAUGGAUGAGCUGGUUAAAAUGUGGGGCUCAAAUAUGAAUCCCUACUGCAUGGUGCUUUUUACUUAUGGGGAUAAACUGAAGAACAAAACAAUAGAUCAGUUUGUGAAAGAAGACAAGAACUUGUUGAAACUGAUUGGGAAAUGUUCAGGACAGUACCAUGUGUUCAAUAAUGCUGAAACAGAAAAUAAAGCUCAGGUCAGUGAUUUAUUGAAGAAAAUAGACAAUAUGAUCAAGAGAAGGAAAAAACAGCCAUUUUAUGUAAAGAGUGCAAAACAUGUGCAAUAUCCAUGGACAACAACAAUCUUCUGCAUUAUGCUGCCAAUUGUAGCAUUAUUAGCAUAUAAAAUGAUGUAUGCUAAAUGGCAAGUACCAGCAGAGUCACUAUCACAGUUAGCCUCAGUAGAGAAUGUUAUCCCAGCAGAGCCACUAUUACAGUCAUUGUCAGAAGAGAAAGUUGUCCUUAAAAAGGUCACAGAGUCAAUUCCUGACCAACCUGAAGAUAUUUCGACUACAAGUGCACAAUUUUGGCAAAUGCUACAUGGAUUGCAUUUCAACUGGAAAGGGCUGAUUCCUAUAAGUAUAGGGUUAGGGACAGGCUUGUGGAUCCUUAGAAAAUUAUGUAAAUAACUUAUGCGGUGUACUGACAAGGAAUCUAUAAAAGAUAAGAAGAUAAUCAGUAAUUGAUGGUGGGUCAAAAAUUAUUACCCACAUUUUCUUUUUAGCAACUCUUUAUUAUAACCUCAUUGAUUUAUAUGUUGAUUUAUAAGCUUUGAAAUGCUAGUAUACUUUUAAAUCUGUGUGUUCUGCUUCCGUUUCGAUUGUUUACUCUAAGAUGAUUGAAUUCUGUUGUUUAUUUAAUUUUUAGAUGUCUAUUCUAUAUUUGAAUGUCUAUUUCAAAACCAGUGGCAUAAAAUAUA